AUGCUGGCCAAGUUCUCCACAGCUGCCACGGCCCUGCUGGCAACAUUAGCUUGGGGUUGCGAGGACCAUGACUGGACCUCACCUCUUCUUGGGGGAUAUGUCAAUCAUGCCUUGAUGAGUCGCCAUGAGAUCAACAGACGUAUACAACCCGGUGCGGAACCAACUCUACCACAGCAAAUCAAGGACAUCCACUGGGGUCAGAUCAACUUCUUGUCCACGACUGACACGCAUGGAUGGCUCGCUGGACAUCUUCUAGAUGAGAAUUACAGUGCCGACUAUGGCGACUUUGCGGAUUUCGUCCGCAAAAUGAAGGCCAAAGCCGAUGUACUUGGUGUCGACUUGAUUCUUGUUGACAGCGGCGAUCUCCACGAUGGGACGGGUUUUGGAGAUGCCACGACUCCGAACGGAAAAUACACCAUCCCAAUCUUCAAGCAAUUGCCAUAUGAUCUGCUGUCCAUUGGUAACCACGAGCUGUAUACGGCGCCCAUCGCCAAUGAUACCUAUCAUAACUUUGCCCCAAACUGGGGCGGACGCUACGUCACGAGCAACGUCGACUUUAUCGAUAAUGGCGUUCAGAAACCAUUCUCUGAUCGGUACGCUUAUUGGCAGACCAAGCAGGGAGUCCGAAUCAUGGCUUUCUCUUUCCUGUUUAACUUCACAGGAAAUGUAAAAACUGUAUCAGUUGUUACCCCAGUGGGUACAGCUGUCCAACAGUCAUGGUUUGAAGAACAAGCUAGCCGUCAAGACAUUGACAUGUUUGUCGUGACGGGCCACAUCACUCUCCGUGACUCUCCAGAGUGGAACUUGAUCUACUCUGCGAUCCGCCAACAUCACCCUACCACGCCUAUUCAGAUCUUCGGUGGUCAUCGCCACAUUCGAGACGCCGUUGCAUGGGAUGCCACUGCCGUUGGUACCGCCGCUGGACGAUACUGCGAGACUGUCGGCUGGACCAGUAUCGACGGCCUAGGAAAUGCCACGCGAGCCAAGUCUCCCAUGGGUACUGGAACGAUCAAGGUCACGAAAGCUUCCUCGAUCCCCAACAUCAACUUCACACAAUCCGUCUCAUCCGACCUCAGCUAUACCCGUCAGUAUCUGGACUUCAACCGGCCUACCUUUGAAAAGCAUACCGCUUCAUUGAAACAAGGAUUCAACACAUCAUACGGCCAGGGAAUCUCCAACCAGAUCACAUCGAACAUCAGCAAUCUUCCCGAACUCACCCAGACACUUGGCUGUGCUCCAGACUCCUACUACCAGACACGCUCUCCCGAGGGAUCGCCCAACAAUCUCUACACCUGGCUAACCACCGACGUAUUCCCCUCCGUCGUUUACGCAAAAGGCCGAAACGACUCUUCCCACCCACGCAUCAUCAUGACCAACACAGGAGGUUUCCGCUACGACAUCCUCAAAGGACCCUUCACCCUCGACAACGCCUACCAAUCCAACCCCUACCAGAAUCUCUGGCAGUACAUGACAGCUCCCUGGGGAGUCGCCAAAGACCUCCUGGCCAACAUGCAAUCCGACGCCGUCUACAAGAAGAACAAACGCGACACCAGCACCCAAAGCGUCUUCAACAACGACACCGGGCUCUGGAAAACUCCGGGCUACCUCACCACCGACGACUUUGGCCAAGAUGGCGACAACACCAUUCAUUUCGACCAGGGAUAUUUCAGCAAUGACCACUACGUCGCGGCGAAUGUGUCGACGGGGGAUAUCGUGAGCGAGGAUACGCUCGUGGAUGUCUAUGCCACCAACUUCUUCACUACUGCCGCUGCCAAGUAUUUGCGGGGAAAUGUUACGGAUUGGGUGAAUGUUACGAAUUCUACGGGAGGGAGCUUUUCGAGUUUUGAUACGGUGCCGCUUUAUGCGAAGUUGUUUUGGGAUAAGGAUUGUUGA